AUGAAAAAAAGCUGUAAAGCAGCAAUGCUGAGCAGGAUCUGGCAAGCGAGUCGACGGGCUCUGAACUUAGAGCACUCCCCUCCUCAAGUUUUCGCCUGUAGCCAGUGGCAGCGUGGGUCUCAACCAGUCACAUCCUAUCUCGUUUACAGGUGGCUACUAUUCCUCUCCGUGUUGUCAAUUGGAAUAUCAAGCUUCGCAUGUCAACGCCUCCCGCGAUUAUACAAGGGCCCUAAGGUAGAACUGAACUAUAUGAAAUGGUUCAUAUACUUUACCAACUGGGGCUACUUGCUCAUCGUACUGCAGGCUGGUCUGGCGCUCAUGGUAGUACACCGGUACAGAUCACAGAGAUCGUUUAAUAUACCAUGUGAAGAUGGAAACAUUCCAAUGCCUCGUCGACAGAGAACGCCGCUGCUGUGCCGCGUCUACUGGCUGGCGCAUACCGUCGCCACCGACCUAGCCUUCGUCAUCACGCUCAUAUACUGGACGUUAGUUCAUGAUCCUAAAAUUCAUGAGAUAAAUGCCCUCAAUCUACUGGUACACGGAGGAAAUUCCCUCGUAAUGCUGAUUGAGCUGGCGGUGACAGCACAUCCUGUACGGGCCGCGCAUGCGCUGUUCGGUGCCGGCGCAGGCCUGGCGUACGGCGUAUUUAGCUGCUUCUACUGGGCUGUUGGUGGCACUGAUAGAAUUGGUCUACCAGCCAUAUACCCUGCUCUAGAUUGGAAUAAACCAGCAUCAGCAUUAGGUUUCGUGGCACUCUGUGCAGCGGUGAUGAUGUUCGCGCACGGAGUUGCAACGAUACUCGCUUAUACUCGAUCGCGGGUGGCGGCGAGACUGCUGCCCAGCCAUGCGCCAGCGGACCGGCUCACGCUACCCACACACUGA